GCUGCAAGGGGACGCGGAGGCUGGGAAAGUGGGUGGCAAGCGAGUGGCUGAUGGAUGGAGGGUCAAAGGUGAUUGAUCUGGAGUAACCGGCUUCCCAUCACACCACUCCGGUGGCUGAUGUUGCUUUCAGCAAACAAACAAACAGACGAGAGAGAAAAAAUCAGAAUAAAAUAAGGAGUGGAGGAAGGGGGGGGAAUAAAGGAGGAGUUUUAAAUUAUUAUCCUUUUUUCCCCCUCUCCCCCUCUUCCUUUCAAAGAGAUGGGAGGGACUCCGGCAUUGAGUGGGAAGGAGGAGGAGCUUUAGGCUGGUGUGUUACACGCACAGGCACCACGCAGACUCUCGCCCUGAAUGGGAGAGUGCCUGCCAACCAUCUCUUCUGCAGCAGCAACAGGAGGAGCAGCGCCGCCAGCCUGCUGCGCCGGGCCUGGAGGCUUCGGGGGCAUCCCUCCUUUCUCCGCAGAGAGCACCUGGAGUUCCUUCUGGCAGUGGAUAACGAACCAAAUAACAAGGAUCACAAGAGUGGUGCAAACCUACUUUGGAGGCACGAUGGGCGAUCCUUUGCCAGAGGACAAGCCCCUGGAGCUGAGUGUGCACUCUCGCUUCAUCAUUGGCUCCGUGUCGGAGGAUAACUCUGAGGAUGAGACAAGCUCCUUGGUGAAAAUCGACUUGUUGGAGGACAAAGAGCAGUCCUUGUCUCCCGUCUCCGUCAGCUCAGACUCCCUUUCUGACCUCGGUCCUUCCAGUGUCCAAGACAGCUUGCCUAAUCAUAUGAGGCCAAGUAUGUCUGGUCUCCACCUCAUGAAGCAAGGCAGGGAUAGAAAGAAGGUGGACGUGCAGAGGGAUUUCACCGUUGCGUCACCCGCAGAGUUCGUCACUCGCUUUGGGGGGAACAAAGUCAUUGAGAAGGUCCUUAUUGCCAACAACGGAAUUGCAGCGGUGAAAUGUAUGCGGUCCAUCAGGCGCUGGUCCUACGAGAUGUUUCGGAACGAGCGAGCCAUCCGGUUUGUUGUCAUGGUGACGCCUGAAGACUUGAAAGCCAACGCAGAGUACAUUAAGAUGGCUGAUCACUAUGUCCCAGUGCCCGGAGGCCCAAACAACAACAACUAUGCAAAUGUGGAACUGAUUUUGGAUAUUGCAAAGCGGAUUCCUGUGCAGGCAGUCUGGGCUGGUUGGGGCCACGCCUCAGAGAACCCCAAACUACCAGAGCUUCUCCACAAAAAUGGAAUUGCCUUCAUGGGACCCCCAAGCCAAGCUAUGUGGGCACUAGGAGAUAAAAUCGCCUCCUCGAUAGUGGCUCAGACUGCUGGCAUCCCUACCCUUCCUUGGAGCGGCUGUGGCCUCAAAGUGGACUGGCAAGAGUCGGACUCUCAGAAACGCAUCUUGAACGUUCCCCAGGAGCUGUAUGAAAAGGGCUGCGUGACAGAUGUGGAUGAUGGGUUGCGGGCAGCGGAAGAAGUUGGCUAUCCUGUCAUGAUCAAAGCUUCCGAAGGAGGGGGAGGAAAAGGAAUCCGGAAAGUGAACAAUGCAGACGACUUUCCCAAUCUCUUCAGACAGGUACAAGCUGAGGUGCCGGGAUCCCCCAUCUUUGUGAUGCGCCUUGCCAAACAGUCCCGCCACCUGGAAGUCCAGAUCCUCGCAGACCAGUACGGCAAUGCCAUCUCCCUUUUUGGCCGCGACUGUUCAGUCCAGCGUCGACACCAGAAAAUCAUCGAGGAGGCUCCCGCUUCGAUUGCCACGUUGGCCGUCUUUGAACACAUGGAACAGUGUGCGGUGAAACUUGCCAAGAUGGUGGGUUAUGUGAGUGCUGGCACAGUGGAAUACCUUUACAGCCAGGACGGCAGCUUCUACUUCUUGGAGCUGAACCCCCGGCUCCAGGUGGAACAUCCCUGCACAGAGAUGGUGGCCGAUGUCAACCUGCCUUCAGCUCAGCUACAGAUUGCCAUGGGAAUUCCCCUCCACAGGAUCAAGGAUAUCCGAAUCAUGUAUGGCGUGUCUCCCUGGGGGGACAGCCCUAUUGACUUUGAGAAUUCUGCCCAUGUGCCUUGUCCAAGGGGUCAUGUGAUUGCUGCCCGCAUCACGAGCGAAAAUCCCGAUGAGGGGUUCAAGCCCAGUUCUGGAACUGUCCAAGAGCUGAACUUCCGCAGCAACAAGAACGUCUGGGGCUAUUUCAGUGUCGCCGCUGCCGGAGGACUUCACGAGUUUGCUGACUCGCAGUUUGGUCAUUGUUUCUCCUGGGGAGAAAACCGCGAGGAAGCCAUCUCGAACAUGGUCGUGGCCCUGAAAGAGCUUUCCAUCCGGGGGGACUUCCGGACCACGGUGGAGUACUUGAUUAAGCUGCUGGAAACGGAGAGCUUUCAGCAAAACUGCAUUGAUACUGGCUGGCUGGACCGGCUGAUUGCAGAGAAAGUGCAGGCAGAGAGACCAGACACCAUGCUGGGAGUUGUGUGUGGGGCUCUGCAUGUGGCUGACGUGGGCUUUCGGAACAGCGUCUCCAAUUUCCUGCACUCCUUAGAGAGGGGCCAAGUCUUACCUGCUCAUACGCUGCUGAACACAGUGGAUGUGGAACUUAUUUAUGAAGGAAAGAAAUACGUGCUGAAGGUGACUAGACAGUCUCCAAACUCCUAUGUCGUCAUCAUGAACGGCUCCUGCGUGGAGGUGGAUGUUCACCGGCUGAGCGAUGGAGGGCUGCUCUUGUCCUACGAUGGCAGCAGCUACACCACCUACAUGAAAGAGGAAGUGGACAGGUACCGCAUUACUAUUGGCAACAAGACCUGCGUCUUUGAGAAGGAGAAUGACCCGUCCAUCCUGCGUUCCCCUUCAGCGGGGAAGCUCAUCCAGUACGUGGUGGAAGAUGGAGGGCAUGUCUUUGCUGGCCAGUGCUAUGCCGAAAUCGAGGUGAUGAAGAUGGUUAUGACUCUGACUGCCGUGGAGUCAGGCUGCAUCCACUACGUGAAGCGGGCCGGUGCAGCGCUCGAUCCCGGCUGCAUCAUUGCCAAACUGCAGCUUGAUGACCCGAGCCGAGUUCAGCAGGCUGAGUUCCACACGGGGGCCUUGCCGCAGAUCCAGAGCACGGCGCUGCGGGGAGAGAAACUCCACCGCGUCUUCCACUAUGUCCUCGACAACCUUGUGAAUGUCAUGAAUGGAUACUGCCUUCCAGAGCCCUUCUUUGGCUGCAAGCUGAAAGACUGGGUCGAGCGGUUGAUGAAGACCCUCCGAGAUCCCUCCUUGCCCCUCCUGGAACUUCAGGACAUCAUGACGAGCGUUUCCGGGAGGAUCCCUCCCAACGUGGAGAAAUCCAUCAAAAAGGAAAUGGCCCAGUAUGCCAGCAACAUCACUUCCGUCCUCUGCCAGUUUCCCAGCCAGCAAAUCGCCAACAUCCUGGACAGUCACGCGGCCACCUUGAACCGCAAAUCAGAGCGAGAGGUCUUCUUCAUGAACACCCAGAGUAUCGUGCAGCUGGUGCAGAGGUACCGGAGUGGCAACCGAGGGCACAUGAAGACUGUAGUCAUGGACUUGCUACGACAAUACCUGAAGGUGGAAACUCAGUUUCAGCACGGUCACUAUGAUAAGUGUGUCUUCGCCCUUCGAGAAGAGAACAAAACGGACAUGAACACUGUCCUCAACUACAUCUUCUCCCACGCCCAAGUCACCAAGAAGAAUCUUCUUGUGACAAUGCUUAUCGACCAGCUGUGCGGACGAGAUCCGACCUUGACGGACGAGCUCAUUAACAUCUUGACGGAGCUGACCCAGCUCAGCAAGACCACCAAUGCCAAGGUCGCCCUGCGGGCCCGCCAGGUCCUCAUCGCUUCCCACUUGCCCUCUUAUGAGCUGCGACAUAACCAGGUGGAGUCCAUCUUCCUCUCGGCCAUCGAUAUGUACGGGCACCAGUUCUGUAUAGAGAAUUUGCAGAAACUCAUUCUUUCGGAGACAUCCAUCUUCGAUGUGCUACCAAACUUCUUCUAUCACAGUAACCAGGUAGUGAGGAUGGCUGCUUUAGAGGUGUAUGUUCGAAGGGCGUACAUCGCCUAUGAGCUGAACAGCGUCCAGCACCGCCAACUGAAAGACAACACUUGUGUGGUGGAGUUCCAGUUCAUGCUGCCCACUUCCCACCCAAACAGAGGGAACAUACCCACGCUAAACAGAAUGUCCUUCUCAUCCAACCUCAACCAUUAUGGGAUGGUGCACGUGGCCAGCGUCAGCGACGUUCUCUUGGACAACUCGUUCACCCCUCCGUGCCAGCGCAUGGGCGGGAUGGUUUCCUUCCGAACCUUCGAAGACUUUGUCCGGCUCUUCGAUGAAGUCAUGGGGUGCUUUUGUGACUCUCCACCUCAAAGCCCCACCUUCCCGGAAGCGGGCCACCCGUCCUUGUAUGACGAAGAUAAGAGUGCCAGAGACGAGCCAAUUCACAUCCUCAACGUCGCCAUUAAGACCGAUUGCGACAUCGAUGAUGAAGGGCUAGCCAGCAUGUUCAGAGAGUUCACACAAACCAAGAAAUCCGUCCUGAUUGACCAUGGCAUCCGGCGACUGACUUUCCUUGUGGCGCAAAAGGAUUUCAGGAAACAGGUCAACUGUGAGGUGGACCAAAGAUUUCAUAGGGAAUUCCCCAAAUUUUUCACAUUCCGGGCGAGGGAUAAGUUUGAAGAAGACAGAAUCUACCGCCACUUGGAACCAGCCUUGGCCUUCCAGCUGGAACUCAACCGAAUGCGCAACUUUGACCUCACCGCCAUUCCAUGUGCCAACCACAAGAUGCAUCUCUACCUGGGCGCCGCAAAAGUCGAGGCGGGCGCUGAGGUUACCGACUACAGGUUCUUUGUGCGGGCAAUCAUCCGGCACUCGGACUUGGUUACCAAGGAGGCGUCCUUCGAAUAUCUACAGAACGAGGGGGAGCGCUUGCUUCUGGAAGCCAUGGACGAGCUGGAGGUGGCUUUCAACAACACCAAUGUGCGCACAGACUGCAACCACAUCUUCCUCAACUUCGUCCCGACGGUCAUUAUGGACCCAUCAAAGAUCGAAGAGUCUGUACGGAGCAUGGUGAUGCGCUACGGCAGCCGCUUGUGGAAGCUCAGAGUCCUCCAGGCGGAGCUGAAGAUCAACAUUCGGUUGACACCGACCGGCAAGGCGAUUCCCAUCCGGCUCUUCCUGACCAAUGAGUCCGGUUAUUAUCUAGACAUAAGUCUGUACAAGGAGGUGACGGACUCCAGAACGGCACAGAUUAUGUUCCAGGCUUACGGCGAUAAGCAAGGGCCACUACACGGAAUGUUGAUCAACACCCCGUAUGUGACAAAGGACCUGCUCCAGUCCAAGAGAUUCCAGGCGCAGUCAUUGGGGACGACGUACGUCUACGACAUCCCCGAAAUGUUCCGACAGUCUUUAAUUAAACUCUGGGAAUCCAUGAAAGACUUUGCGACCCUGCCUGCUCCUCCGCUGCCUUCUGACCUGCUGACAUACACAGAGCUGGUGCUGGACGACCAAGGCCAAUUGGUGCAUAUGAACAGGCUGCCUGGAGGAAAUGAGAUUGGCAUGGUGGCCUGGCGAAUGACUCUCAAGAGCCCCGAGUAUCCAGAUGGGAGGGACAUCAUCGUCAUUAGCAAUGACAUCACCUACCGGAUCGGGUCCUUUGGGCCCCAAGAAGACCUGCUCUUCCUUCGGGCAUCGGAACUGGCUCGGCAGCUGGGCAUCCCCCGGAUCUAUGUGGCAGCCAACAGCGGCGCCAGGAUUGGAUUGGCCGAGGAGAUCCGCCACAUGUUCCACGUCGCCUGGGAAGACCCUGCUGACCCAUACAAAGGAUUCAAGUAUCUCUACCUAACUCCCCAGGAUUAUAAGAAAGUCAGUGCUUUGAACUCAGUGCAUUGUGAGCAUGUGGAGGACGAAGGAGAAUCUAGGUAUAAAAUUACAGAUAUCAUUGGGAAGGAAGAAGGACUUGGAACUGAGAACUUGCGGGGAUCUGGCAUGAUCGCUGGAGAAUCAUCACUGGCGUAUGAAGAUAUUAUCACUAUCAGCCUGGUGACGUGUCGGGCAAUUGGAAUCGGGGCUUACCUUGUCCGGUUGGGGCAGAGAACAAUCCAAGUGGAAAAUUCACAUCUCAUCCUAACCGGAGCUGGAGCCCUCAACAAAGUGCUUGGAAGAGAGGUGUACACCUCCAACAACCAGCUGGGUGGGAUCCAGAUCAUGCACAACAAUGGGGUGACCCAUAGCACAGUAUGCGACGACUUCGAAGGGGUCUACACCAUUCUUCAAUGGCUGUCUUACAUGCCAAAGAGCGUUUUCAGCCCAGUCCCAAUGAUCACUGUCAAGGACCCGAUAGAUAGAGCCGUUGACUUUGUUCCCACCAAGACGCCUUAUGAUCCUCGCUGGAUGCUGGCUGGACGCCCUAACCCAGCUCAGAAGGGCCAGUGGCUCUCUGGCUUCUUUGACUACGGCUCCUUUUCGGAGAUCAUGCAGCCUUGGGCUCAGACAGUUGUGGUUGGCAGAGCCAGGCUGGGUGGAAUACCUGUUGGCGUGGUUGCGGUUGAAACCCGGACAGUGGAGCUGACCAUUCCUGCAGACCCUGCAAACCUGGACUCAGAAGCCAAGAUUAUCCAGCAGGCUGGCCAGGUGUGGUUUCCUGACUCAGCCUUCAAGACGGCUCAAGCAAUAAAGGAUUUCAACCGGGAAGGGCUGCCGCUGAUGGUCUUUGCAAACUGGAGAGGCUUCUCUGGAGGAAUGAAAGACAUGUACGACCAGGUGCUGAAAUUCGGGGCCUACAUCGUGGAUGGUUUGCGGGAGUACAGGCAGCCUGUCCUUGUUUACAUCCCACCCCAAGCGGAGCUGAGAGGAGGCUCUUGGGUGGUGAUCGACCCCACCAUUAACCCCCGGCACAUGGAGAUGUACGCAGAUCGGGAAAGCAGAGGAGGGGUUCUGGAGCCCGAAGGCACAGUGGAAAUCAAGUUCCGAAAGAAAGAUUUGGUGAAGACAAUGAGGCGUGUGGAUCCCAUCUACGUGCGUCUGGCAGAACGACUUGGCACCCCGGAGCUAAGCCCAGCUGAGCGGAAGGAACUGGAGACCAAGCUGAAGGAACGGGAGGAAUUCCUAAUUCCCAUUUACCAUCAGGUAGCAGUGCAGUUUGCUGACUUGCACGACACGCCCGGCCGGAUGCAGGAGAAGGGUGUCAUUACGGAUAUUCUGGAGUGGAAAACAUCCCGCACUUUCUUUUACUGGAGGCUCCGGCGCCUUCUCCUUGAGGACCUGGUCAAGAAGAAAAUCCAUGAUGCCAACCCAGAACUGACAGAUGGCCAGAUCCAAGCCAUGCUAAGACGCUGGUUUGUGGAAGUUGAGGGCACGGUCAAGGCGUACUUGUGGGAUAACAACAAAGACCUGCUGGAGUGGCUGGAGAAGCAGCUGACCGAGGAAGAAGGUGCCCGCUCGGUGGUGGAUGAAAACAUCAAAUACAUCUCUCGGGACUACAUCCUCAAGCAGAUACGGAGUUUGGUGCAGGCCAACCCGGAGGUCGCCAUGGAUUCCAUCGUCCACAUGACCCAGCACAUAUCAUCGACGCAGCGAGCCGAGAUUGUGCGCAUUCUCUCCACCAUGGACGCGCCUGCUUCAACGUAAGCCGGCAAGGCUGGAGGGAAAAGGUGCCCUGCCAUUUUGCUCCUGCCUUCAUCCAUGUUCCUUGACUCCCAGCAGGGGAAAUGUUGGGAAAGGACUUCUUAAUUAUUUUCUUCUUUUUUGUGUCUUUUUUUAAAAUCAGACUUGAAUUUCAGAGUAGUCAUGCGAGACUUCAGGAAUACAGGCUUCCCCCACAAAUGUAA